AUGACCCGAGUAACAGCUCCCCGCGAGAUCGCCAAGCUUGUGAGAUCUCUAAGCACCACAGCUGCUGCCCCUCGGCCCAGCGGCAUCAUCGCCAACGCCUCAAAAACAGCGUCUGCUCGAGUCCGCAAGGAACUCGAUGCUGCUGCACAAGCCGAUGUUCCGGCCUCAGAGCGCACCCUGACAACCAACACGCGGCCCACGCCCAACCCGCACAGGGUGAUCCCGCUGAUGCAGGGCUUCCACACCACGCCCUCGCCGCGGUACGCCCAGGCCGACGUGUCGACCAUCGACUUCGCGGUGCUGCCGACGCGGGAGCAGCUGUUCCCCAGCGCGCCCGACGACUCCUUCUCGCGCGUGCGCGUGCCCCUGCUGCCCGACAACUUCGCGCCCAACCGCGCCGCCGUCCCGGGCAGCUUCGCGCCCGAGGCCCUCGACGCCCCGCUGCGCGCCCCGGAGAUCAUCGUCAUGGCCGCGGACCCGUCCAGCGUCAACGCCGUCUCCGCGCUGACCGAGGUCGAGGCCUUCUCCCCCGACGGCGUCGAGCUCAGCUUCGCGCACGACUUCCCGGGUGGAAGCAGUCGUGGCGGUGCCGCCCAGGAGGAGCGGUAUGCUGGCGGCAUGUUGAAGGACCUGUGGGCCGGGCUGAAGGAGGACAUUCUCAGUCCUGGCGGCCAGGCUAAGCCUGCCCUGUAA